UCGGCAGCUGGCAGCUGCUAGGACCCAGGGGGCCGGUGCCAGGCCCUGCUCCUCCCUUGCCAGCUCUGUGUGUCUCUAAAGGGCAACAUCAGAGUGUCAGCCAGUACCAUCUCCAGCAGAGGCCGAGUUGUCCCGGGCAGAGGAGAGAGCUGAAGUCCCAGCCUUGCACCUCCGCAUAAGGCCGGCCAAGGCCCUGAGAGGAUGGCAGCCUGGGCGACGGAGCCAGCGCGCGGGCAGCCUCCGAGGCGAGGGGCCGCAGGAGCCAGGGACAGGUGAUGGGAAGGGGGGAGGGGAGAUGCUCCGUUUCGCUCUCUGCAGUGCCGCACAAGGUGAAGCCUGAGCGCUCGAAUGGCCAACUCCACAGGGCUGACCACCUCGGAAGUCGUGGGCUCGGUGGGCUUGGUCCUGGCGGCCGUCGUGGAGGCAGCGGCCCUGCUGGGCAACGGCGCGCUGCUGGUGGUGGUGCUGCGCACGCCGGGACUGCGGGACGCGCUGUACCUGGUGCACCUGUGCGUCGUGGACCUGCUGGCGGCCGCCUCCAUCAUGCCGCUCGGCCUGGUGGCCGCGCCCCCGCCGGGCCUGGGCCGCCUGCGCCUGGGCCCCGCACCGUGCCGCGCCUCGCGCUUCCUGUCGGCGGCGCUGCUGCCCGCCUGCACGCUCGGGGUGGCCGCGCUCGGCCUGGCGCGCUACCGCCUCAUCGUGCACCCGCUGCGGCCGGGCGCGCGGCCUCCGCCCGGCCUGGUGCUCGCGGCCGUCUGGGCCGCCGCGGGGCUGCUGGGCGCGCUCUCUCUGCUCGGGCCGCCGCCCGCGCCGCCCCCCGCCCCGGCGCGCUGCUCGGUCCUGGCCGGCGGCCUCGGGCCCUUCCGGCCGCUCUGGGCGCUGCUGGCCUUCGCGCUGCCCGCCCUCCUGCUGCUCGGCGCCUACAGCGGCAUCUUCCUCGUGGCGCGCCGCGCAGCCCUGCGGCCCCCCAGGCCCGCGCGGGGCUCCCCGCGGCCGCGCUCCGACUCUCUGGAUAGCCGCCUCUCCAUCCUGCCGCCCCUCCGGCCUCGCCUGCCUGGGGGCAAAGCAGCCCUGGCCCCAGCGCUGGCCGUGGGCCAGUUUGCAGCUUGCUGGCUACCUUACUGCUGUGCGUGCCUGGUGCCCGCUGCGCAGGCUGCAGUGGCCGAGGCGCCGGUCACCUGGGUGGCCUACUCGGCCUUCGCGGCGCACCCCUUCCUGUAUGGCCUGCUGCAGCGCCCCGUGCGCCGGGCACUGGGCCGCCUGGCCCGCCGGGCACUGCCCCAGUCCCCGAGGGCCUGCACUCCGCGGGCCUGGCAUCUGCCAGCACUUCUGCAGCACCUCCAGGGGCUUUCAGAGAGCCCUGCUCUACCGUCUUCUGAGGCACCAGAACAAGCCCCAGAUUUGCCAGGAGGGGAGAACCUGAGUAUGUCACGGGCCACCUGAGAGGACAUCGGUCUCCCAUGCUGAACUGAGACUGGAGAAAAGAUGGUGCUAUCAGAAGGAGCCCAUCAGCCUCCUGCACAGUUCCGGGCAGGUGCCCUGCCUGGAUUUCUGGCUCUGGGACGGGGAGAAAGGGGUCCUGCGGCCUAGUGAGAUCAAGAGGCUUCUGGGAGCUAGGAAUCCUGGGUUCUGGGCCCUAUUCUUCAUAGUCUUGAAUACAGACCUACUCUUCCCUAGGCCCGUUUUCCCAUCUGUAUCCUGAACCAUCUCUGAGGGCUCCUUCAGCUUAGGUGGUUUGAACACUCAUGGAUAGUCCCCAGGCCAAAAGAAAGAGAGGAGGUGUGCAGGGUCACCAAGACGAGGGCCCUAUGAGCUUACAGCCAAAGGGAUGGACCAAGCAGGGCAAGGUCUAGGUAACAGCCACAGCAGGAGGAACCAGUGGAGAGACACUCAGAAGGACUUUCCUGACAACUGCACCAAGAAGAGGCUGGACAAAGCUACUGGAACUCCUCUAUCAGCUUCUAAAAUGCCCAGAAAGCAACUUCAUCAGUGUGGUGCCAGGGGCAGGAGGCUGGACAUCAUGAACCCAAAGGGCCCUGAAGCCCCAGAACUGGCAUGUGGAAGGGGCCAAGACCCAAUGGGGACAGGCGGAUUCACAGAUAGGGUCCUCUGGGGCCUUGGCCACACUCAUUCUCUGGAGGUUUUGCCAACACCCACAAUGUUUCACAGCUUCCUGGUCUCUGAGAAUAUUUAUUCAAAAACAGGGAUUGAA